AGCAAGCUUGCUGCUGGCGUCGUAAAGCGUGCACAGCACAGCAGUAGCUACAGCAACAUGGCGGCUGCGGAGUGUCCGGGAGAGGAGACACGUGUGUGAUAGUGAGCAGCAGCCCCGGGACUCUUUAUCAUGUCCCUGUACCAGACUGCCGCUUUUAUCCUGGAUAAGCUGGAGAGGAAGGAGGGGGCUGUAAAGACCCUCGUAUAUGACAGUGGCUUUAAGAAUGUACGUCAGCUGUAUGCUCUGCUGUGCGAGACCCUGCGUUAUUCUUUACUGCUUAAAGAGAUCAUCAACAGUUCACAAUUGCUGCGAGGGCCGAAAAAGUUGCCUCUAAACUUGGCUAAGGUGCUGGUGUAUGACUUGCUGUUUGGAAAAGGGCUGCAGUGUGGGGGCCGAUGGAAGGCAACCGUCCUGGCUCACCGGGCGCGGCUACAAGCUGAGCUUGCAAAGCUAAAAGUCAAGAAGAAGGUCAGCAGCAACAAAGACCUGGUGACCUCUAUGGGAGGCACAGCUGAUGACCCUGUGGUGCCACGUUAUGUGCGGGUGAACACAUUGAAGUCCUCCAUGGCGGACGUCCUCACUUAUUUUAAACGCAAAGGUUAUACCUACCUGGGGAAAGCACGUAGUAUACAAGAGCUGGUCGAUUUUGGACAAAAAUCCGGGAAGAGGUUCCUUCAGGAUCUUCAUGUCCCCAACCUGCUGGUUUUUCCUCCAAAUACAGACUUCCACAAGGACUCCUUAUACACCUCUGGUCAUCUCAUACUGCAGGACAAGGCGAGUUGCCUCCCUGCAUUACUGUUGGAUCCUCCUGUUGGUUCAUGUGUAAUUGAUGCUUGUGCUGCCCCAGGAAACAAGACAAGCCAGCUAGCUGCCAUUUUACAGAAUAAGGGAAAAGUAUUUGCCUUUGACCUGGACACCAAACGUUUGGCUACUAUGAGUACCCUGCUGCUGCGGGCUGGAGUCACGUGCCAAGAACUUGCCAACCAGGACUUCCUUACUGUCAGUCCAAGUGACCCAAAAUACCAGAAAGUCCGUCACAUCUUAGUGGACCCGUCAUGCAGCGGGUCAGGCAUGCCAGACCGGAUGAAAGUCCUCACAGAUGAGGCGGAGCCUGAGCAGGGAGAGCGGAUGCAGGCCUUGUCAGCUUUUCAAAGACGCGCUGUAUCCCAUGCCCUACGCUUCCCCUCUGUCCAGUAUGUUGUCUACUCCACCUGCUCAGUACACCAGCAGGAAAAUGAGGAUGUGGUGAAGGGCAUUCUGGAUGAACACCCCGACUUCAGAUUGGUCAACGUCCUCCCCACGUGGCCAGUGCGAGGGCUGAACACGUUCUCUGGGUCAGACUGUUGUCUUCGGGCCUCUUUCUCAGAAACUUUAACAAAUGGAUUUUUUGUUGCACUCUUUCAGCGCAAGAGCAAGGAGGACGACAGUGCUAUGACAUCAGAAGAACAGAGUUCUGCAAAUUUGCACCAACUAAAUGCCACAAAUGAAAAAAAGGAAAAUGACAGAACAAAUCCCAAAAGGAAAGCGGACGCUCUCAUCCAAGAUUGCACGAGCCACACAAAGAAGCCCCGUAAGAAGAAGAAGAAGAAACGCAAGAUAGACCAGUCCUAAUUUAAUAAAUACAUGCAACUCUCUGUGCAUAUCAUUUUCUGUAAAUUUUUGAGGAAAAAAAAAAGUAAGGCUAAAUUUAUAAAACAUACAAAACCCUC